GACAAUCCGUUUUCCUUAACCAUCCUCUCUUCUUCUUCAAAAAAGUAGUAUUUUGAAUUUUUCCUGUCAAGAGUUUGAACUAAUAUUAGUUUUAAAUUGUCAUUGAAGUAUUUUUUUGAUAAUUUGGUGAUUUCUCAUACCCCCUUGGCUUUAUUCACCUAUAUCAAGAGUUUUAGGAGAAAGUCAGAUUGUUGGAUUCUUUCGGCUUUUUGUAUUAAUUUAUAAUCUCGAUUUGCCCUUAAAAGUCCGUCUCAAAUUGCUUGAUUCGAAGAUUUAAUCAAAUAACAACUUCGUGCAUCACGAUCUAAAAAAAGACUGCGAACGUUAUUUUCUUUCUUCAGAAUGAUCCCUUUUAGUGUACGGUCAAAUCUUUCUGCUUUGCAUUCUCUUACUUCCCGACAUUCCUGCCAUCGCAUAUCGAAAGCAUGCAAAAAUAUCUCUUAUCAACCAAUUCGACGUGCUUUUGUUUCUCAUGCUCUCAAUUCCAAGGCUAGCCAUCUUUUACAGAAUGAGAAUGCACCAAGACCCCAGCGUUUUCAGCGUUUCUUUCAUGCUUCCAAUGUCGCUCGUGAAAUGACGGAUCCUUACAAGACACUAGGCGUUCCCAAGACUGCUUCUCCGCGAGAGAUUAAGUCUGCCUACUACAAGUUAGCAAAAAAAUAUCAUCCGGAUGCAAACCCAGAUAAAAGCGCCCAGGAAAAGUUUGUAGAUAUUAAGCAAGCUUAUGAGCUUUUACAAGAUCCAGAAAAGAAAAAGGCUUUUGAUACGUAUGGCUCUGGUGCAUUCAAAAAUGGCGAAUUUACAGGUAAUGAUUUUGGAGGAUUUCAAAAUGGGUUUGAAUCAGCUUUCGGGUCUGGCUUCCCUGGUUUUAAUUUCGAAGACUUAUUUUCGUCUUUUACUGGAGGAGCAAGACGAGGCCGUCGUGCCAGCCCUUUUGAGGUAUACGUUGGUGAAGAUGCAGAAGUAAGUCUUAACAUCGACUUCAUGGAAGCUGUAAAUGGUGUCAAGAAGGAUGUCAUCUACUUAGUCUCUUCAACCUGUUCUAGUUGUCACGGUUCCGGUCUUCAAACUGGCGCCCAUCGCAGUACCUGCUUUGCCUGUAAGGGAAGCGGUCACCGUCUUCAUUUCAUCCCACCCUCCAUGCACAUGCAAUCCACUUGUGAUGUUUGUGGUGGAAGUGGUACCAUUAUCCCUUCUUCAUCUGCUUGUCGUUCUUGCAGCGGCUCUGGCGCUGUCCGUGAACGUAAGACUAUUUCAUUGGAUAUUCCUGCUGGCAUUGAUGACAGUACUGUAUUACGAGUUGUAGGUGCUGGAAACGAUGCUGCUACCGCCAAGGCUGCCCCAGAUGCUAAAUCCCGUCCUGGAGAUCUCUAUGCCACUAUUCGUGUACGCAAGCAUCAAUUUUUCAAGCGCCAAGGAAACAAUGUCUUAUAUACAGCCAAGGUCCCCAUGACUACCGCUGCUUUGGGAGGCACAAUUCGCAUUCCUACUUUGGCUGGUGAAGUGGACCUUCGUGUACCUCCUGGUACAGUUUCCGGUGAUCGCAUUACCAUGACUGGUAAAGGUAUUCGCAACGUUUCGGCUACUGCUCGUUAUGGAAACUUUUACGUCGAUUUUGAGGUCAGCGUUCCAAAGGCACUUUCACCUCACGAACGAAGCUUGUUGGAACAGCUAGCUGAUUCUCUUAAUGAUACUACAGCACGUAGAACUACUCCCCCCUCUUCAACCGAGGAUCAAUCCUCUGCAUCUUCUGAUUCACCAACUAAAGAUAAAUCUUCCGACACUUCAUCUGGUGAUUCUAAAUCGGACGGCUCAGUAGGAGGCUUCCUAAAACGGGCGUUCCGUCGUUUGCACCAUGAAGAUGGUAGCGACAGUCCCUCAAAAGACUCAAAGUAACCAGUCAGAAACACAAAAUCUACACUUUGAGUUAAUAGCUGGAAAGUCGUGAUGGCUUUUCUGUGGAUGUUUAAUGUCGAUGAAGGUUAUAUGAAUUUGUUUUGGUUAUAAAAUAUGUGCAUGGUGGUAAUUUUUUUUUACAAAAAAUUAGAUAGAUAAAUAACGAUUCAUUGUUUCUGCUAAGAAGAAUUAAAGAUACAGAAUAA